UAAAAGACUCGCCCAUUCAACCAGAAGUUCUUAUUCCAACAAUGUCUGCCCCAGAAACUGCUACCAAAUUUGCACCUACCCAAUCUUCCUCCGUCCUCGGUGGACAAAUUGUCGGUCGCUCUGAGCGUCAGGCUGUUGCACCCCCCGCGGCUUUGAAGCUUCGUCUUGACCUUAACCUCGAGGUUGAGAUCGCCAUCCAGGCCAAGGUUAACGGCGACAUCACCCUUUCUCUCCUCGAGUAAAUGUCCCAAGUGCUUAGAGAGUUGGACGCGGCAUUCGGUUGGAUUUGAGGCAGAAAUACAUGUGUCUUGUAUCUCAGAACGGUGUCUUUAGUUCUCUUUCCUUUCAACUUUGCAGAUGUAUUUGGUAGCAUAUCCUCACCUAUCAGAUAUCAAUAUCAGUGUUGUUUCUGGGAUCUUAUUGAGUCACUUGCC